UUGGGUGCCAGCAGAACAUUCGACAACCCGGCCAACUCAGGGGCUCCCACCCGCUUUCCGCCUCCUCCCGGCCAUGUCGGCCCAACAGAAACAUGUCUACGACAUCCAGGAGCUGCCGCCGGAUCGGCGCAUGCUCUGUGGGCGACAGCAUCGCAGGGGGCUCUACGCCGUGGCCCAGGCCGCGAUAUGGAGCUUCAACCUCUACUUUGUGGUGCGCCUGACGCUGUGUUUCUCGUCUCCGAACCCCAGCUGGCGGAUCUGGGCCACACUGCUGGUGGAAGCCGUGCUCGCGCACAUGUCUCGUCACGACCAGCGACUCACGGUGGCUGCUGGGGACGGGGCAGGCGAGCAGCCACGCCAACGACUGCGACUGCAGGGGACGCAGGAUCUCCCCCGGGUUGAUGUGCUGGUGCCGUGCUGCGGGGAGCCGGUGGAGGUGAUCGUCGACACGGUGCGGGCUGCGUGCACGAUGGAGUACCCGCGCUCGCGCCUCCGGGUGCGCGUGCUGGACGACGGGGCCUCGGCCGCGCUGGAGGCGGCGGUUGCUGCCCUGCGCCCGCAGUGGCCGCAUCUGUUCUACCACACGCGGGGCAAGCAGUCCGGCAAGGUCUUCGCCAAAGCCGGCAACCUCAACUACGCGCUCUCCACGCUGCAGGCCCAGGACGAGGUCCAACCCGACUUCUGCGCCGUCUUCGACGCCGACUCCAUCCCCAUGCCCGACUUCCUCCGCGCCACCCUGCCCCAUCUGCUGCGCAACCCCCAGACGGCCCUGCUCACCACCCGCCAGUACUUCCUGAACCUGCCGGCCGGCGACCCGCUCUCCCAGUCGCGCCUGCACUUCUACGCCUGCGAGAACGCCGAGCUGGACGUCGGUGGCCGGGCGCGCGACGCCGGCUCAGGCGCCCUCUUCCGCCGCGCGGUCAUCCUCGAGGCCGGCGGCUAUCCCACGUAUUCCUUCUCCGAGGACUGGCAGCUGUCGCUGGUGCUGCAGGGCCUGGGCCAUCCCACCAUCCAGAUCCAGGAACCGCUGCAGUACGGCCUGGUCCCGACCUCGCUGGACGGUCACAUCGCCCAGCGCAGCCGCUGGCACAUCGGCCACUCCCAGCAGAUCCGUGCCCUCUUCCCCCCCACCAGCCACUCCCUCCCCAGGCCGCUGCAGUGGAGCAUCGCAUGGAACGGCACCUCCAUCCUGGCCCGGUCGCUGGGCUGUCUGCUGGCGUUCGCGCUGGUCCCGCUCCUGCUCGCCUCCGGGGGGGCUCUGAUCCCCGUGGCCUCGCCCGUGCUGGUCCAAACCCAGCUUCUCCUGGCAGUGCUUCACGUCGCCUUGACGUGGGCAUACGGAUGUCUGCAAUCCGCGCACACGGGCUUCCAGACCUCGCCGUUUGCGCAUGUCGAGAACACCUGGCUGGCCGGAGCCCAACUCCACGCCGUCCUCCGAUUCCACCUCUUCGCCAGCCGACCCAAGGGCUCCUUCGUCACCGGAAGCAGCGCCAACGCCUGGAACCGCUCCUCCGCCCCGUCCGCCCUCCAGCAGCUGUGCCACAACCUCUGGCACAACGGCAUCGCAUACAGCGUCCUCCUCCUGCUCGCGACCCUCGGCGCCGUCGCCUUCUCCAUAUGGUCCACCCUCACCGCCACCGACUCCGACCCGCUCCUGCGGCUGUUGACCACGGUCGCAUGGCCCCCGAUGCUGCACAUCCUCUACCUCGCCGUCAUCAGCUACUGGGCGCCCGUGUCCUAUUUGCUGAACCCCCCGCGAUAUCCGGAUCGAAAGGCCGGGUUGGCGCUCUCUCCGUCCGGCGUGGCGUUCCCGACUCGCGAGAUCCAGGAGGGCGUUCAGCCGCAGGGCAAGCCAUCGGUCGGAUUCUAUCGCCACUGUAUACUGGCUACUCUUGUCCUGGUGGUUUUGUUGGGAGCUGGGCUGAUGUUGUAAGGUGGAAGAUGGGGGGGUUAGAUAGCGUGCGUAGCCUGAGG